AGGAGAGCUAAUUCGCUGAGUUGCAGUUCUAUCAACAUUUGUGUACUACCUUUCAGCACCGUCAAAGUGGCCCGUGCAAACGGGUGGUGAAUUUCACGCCUUUCUGUUGUGUUUCGGGUCGACGAAGGGCAGUUUUAUCCUUGUGCACAGGAGCUGUGCGGGAGGCUUUAAUGUAUGCCGGAGUAAAUGGAACCUGUCACCAUGGGCUUCAGGUCAGCAUUUUGUGGGCUGAAGUGAGCUGGGCACCCCUGCGUGUAUAACACCACAUCUGGGCCUUCCGGCUGCCCACCUCUCCCAAAGGGGCCAUGGCAGGUUUCAAGCGAGGCUAUGAUGGCAAGAUCGCCGGACUAUACGACUUGGACAAGACGCUGGGGCGCGGCCACUUCGCCGUGGUCAAGCUGGCGCGCCACGUCUUCACCGGCGAGAAGGUGGCGGUCAAAGUCAUCGACAAGACCAAGCUGGACACGGUUGCCACGGGACACCUUUUCCAGGAGGUGCGCUGCAUGAAGCUGGUGCAACACCCCAACAUUGUGCGCCUGUACGAGGUGAUCGACACACAGACCAAGCUCUACCUGAUCCUGGAGCUGGGCGACGGCGGCGACAUGUUCGACUACAUCAUGCGGCACGAGGAGGGCCUGAACGAGGAGCUGGCCAAGAAGUACUUUGCUCAGAUCGUGCACGCCAUCUCCUACUGCCACCGGCUGCAUGUUGUGCAUCGUGACCUGAAGCCGGAGAACGUGGUCUUCUUCGAGAAGCAAGGCCUUGUCAAGCUCACCGACUUUGGCUUCAGCAACAAGUUCCAGCCGGGCAAGAAACUGACCACCAGCUGCGGCUCGCUGGCCUACUCUGCCCCGGAGAUCCUGCUGGGGGACGAGUACGACGCCCCUGCUGUCGAUAUCUGGAGCCUGGGCGUGAUCCUCUUCAUGCUAGUGUGCGGACAGCCGCCUUUCCAGGAGGCUAACGACAGCGAGACCCUCACCAUGAUCAUGGACUGCAAGUACACCGUGCCCACACAUGUCUCCAAUGACUGCAAGGACCUCAUAAACCGUAUGCUCCAGAGGGAUCCAAAGCGGCGGGCGUCCCUGGAGGAGAUCGAGGGCCACCCGUGGCUGCAGGGGGUGGACCCAUCUCCGGCCACCAAGUACAGCACGCCACUCGUCUCCCACAAGAACCUCUCGGAGGAGGAGCACAACAGCAUCAUCCAGCGCAUGGUGCUUGGGGACAUCGCAGACAGAGAAGCCAUCGUGGAGGCCCUGGAGACCAACAAGUACAACCACAUCACGGCCACCUACUACCUGCUGGCAGAGCGCAUCCUGCGGGAGAAACAGGAGAAGGAGGUGCAGCCGCGCUCCUCCAGCCCCAGCAACAUCAAGGCCCAGUUCAGGCAGUCAUGGCCGACCAAGAUCGACAUGCAUCAGGACAUCGAGGACAGCCUGGCUUCCUCCUCCAUCUCCCACGCGGGCGGCCCGCAGUCGCCAGCACGCAGCGCCGAGAACCUGCUGAACGGACACCGGAGCAAAGGGCUGCUGGAUCUGGGUCGCCGCGACGACGCCGGGAGCAGCAGUAGCGGUGUCGGUGUCGGUGGCGGCAGCAGUGGCAGCGAAGCAUCAGGUAGCGGCUGCUCCUCUUCCUCCGCCGCAGCCUUGUCGUCCGCUUCAUCCAACACCCUCCUCAAGCCAGGCGGCCUGCUGAGCUGCCCAGCCUCCACCUCAACCAAGCAGCGCGCCACCUGCCUCUUCCGGGUGGAGGAGGACGAGGAGGAAGGGGAGGACGAGCAGGAGGCGUCUCCACUGGCCACCGCCCAGCAGCAGCAGCAGCAGGUGGUGCUGCGCCGCAAGCCGGCCUCCUCCAUCACCAACCGCCUGACGUCGCGCAAGAGCGCGCCGGUCCUCAACCAGAUCUUCGAGGAGGAGGGCGAGUCGGAUGACGACUUUGACAUGGACGAGAGCCUGCCGCCCAAGCUGAGCCGGCUCAAGAUGAACAUGGCGGCGGCGGCCGGUGGCUCGGGUGGCGGCGGCUCGGCGGCGUCUUCAGGGUCUUCAGGGUCACCGGGCGCCACGCAGAAGCAGCGCUACCACCGCCGCAAGAGCCAGGGCCGCGGCUCCAGCUGCUCCAGCUCGGAGACCAGCGACGACGACUCUGAGAGCCACCGCCGACGCCUGGACAAGGACUCCGGCUUCACCUACAGCUGGAACCGCCGGGACAGCAGCGAAGGCCCGCCGGGGAACUCGGGAGGAAACGGCGGCAGCAGCGGCGGAGGACAGAGCAAACCGCCGGGGGAGGGCAACUCAGGACCCGACCGAGGCAGCCCCCCUGGUGGGGGUGGGGGUGGGGGUGGUGGUGGUAGUGGAGGCAGUGGUGGCGGCGGUGGUGGCACUAAAGGACAAGGCAGCAGCCCCUCCAGCUGUUCCAGUGGCAGUGCCAACCGUUCAUCGGGGGGCUCCUCGUCACGCAAGGCAUCGACGAGGAGCGGAGGUGGGGAGCUGGUGGAGAGCUUGAAACUCAUGAGUCUGUGCCUGAGUUCGCAGUUCCAGCAGCGAGGCGGUCGUAGUAGUGGUGGUGGCGGUGGGGGUGGUGGAGGAGGGGGCACACGCUUCAUCAUAGACCCUCAGAGCCUGUCCAGCAUCAAGGUGCAGGAGAAGUCGGCCUGGAAGAUGUGCAUGGGCUCCUCCACCUCCUCAUCCACCGGGAGCCUGGACCAGGUGGGGCUCCCCACCAGCGCGCUGGGGGUCGGGGGAGGGGGGAUGCCGGGACUCGGCAGGGCUACCACCAUGACGGACACGCACCACCACCACCACCACCACCACCACCACAACAACGGCACCACAGACCAAAUGGCCUCUGUGCUGAUGAUGAGCGAACUGGGCUGCUUGACUAAGGAGAGCAAGCUGAAUCUGAAGAACAACGUGCUCCAGCUACCUCUGUGCGAAAAGACCAUCUCUGUGAACAUCCAGCGGAGCCCGCGAGACGGCCUGCUCUGCACCUCCGCCCCGGCCAGUUGCUGCCAGGUCAUCUGAGCAGGACUGUGCUUCCCGAAAACACCUCAGUGACAGCACUGAAGCCCAAGUACUGCUCAAGUAUGAGAUGACUCAUUAGCAAUGCUGCCCUGCAAAGGCAAAGUACAGUAACCACAGGUUUUGUCAAAAUUGAAUUUAGACUGAAAAUGGUCUUCAUUACACCUCCUUUAUCUUGUGACGAAGCCUUUUAGUCCAAAUGACAUCCCGUUUUAGAGAUAUUGCAAUGUCAAAUAUGUUGUAAGUACUAUAUCCAACCUAACACCAAGGCUUUGAAGCCAUUUUUCUCAGUUUCAUUGUUGGCGUAGUUACUGCACUUCGCCUUUGUUGGGCAAAAUGUAUCAGGAAUAGCCAUCAUACACAUAAACUACCUGGAGUACUUUUCCUCACACAUGCAGGGAAAUUGUUUUCACAUAGUGCAUGUGCAAGGAAUAGUAGUGUAGGUUUGAUGAACUAUUGCGGAUAUAUUGACAAGGGGGGACCCUCAUACUUGCGUAGUAGUUUUAAGCCUUAGUAGUACUGAAGUGUUUUGGGGAAACUCAGGCCUGAGUUGAUCUGAUCUGAGGGCAGUAGGUGGCUCUGGUGGGCAGUUGACUCUAUCUAACCCUUCACUAAAGCAGGAAAAAAGGAGCAUUCAGGUUGAAAAUCACAGUUGAAAAUGUUUAGGAAACCAACUGGUUUUGUAUGGAAAUCGGGUCACUUUUCCUUGUCUCUACCAUUCCUCUUCUGUAAUGGUCAGUAGUGUUGGUUUGAACUGGUCUCCUCUACUGCUUUAAACUGUUUUUGUUUUUUUUUUAACCAGAAACUAGUUAAGAUCCAGUAGCUCUUAUGGUUCUUUUUGAUCCUAUUGGUAUUACCUGCUCUUUCUAGUAACCAAUAGAGCCCAUUUCAAGACCAGUAGGUAGAGUAGAGACCAGAACAAGUGUUCCAAUUCUCCGUAAAGUAAAACCAUUUGAUUUAUUUCUACCUGUUUUCAACUUUAACUUUUCACCUGGAGUUUUGCUGUUUCUUUCCCCUGCGAGGGGAAAAUGCAGAGUGCACCCCCCACUCCCCACGGCUGGCAGGUCAUGUGAUCUGAUCUGAAGUCAGGAGACGAGUGGCUCUGGGGACAGCUGGCUGGCUGGCUGGCACCACCAAUGACUUGUACCUUCUAUGGGGACACAACAUCAUGGGUCAACGGAUUUUGAAGUUGUUUUGCAACUAAAAAAACAUGGGAUUUGUCUCGAUUUGGACGUUGACAAUCAGAAACUUCCACUAGAUGAUAAAGGGUGUUUCAUGUACAUAUUCAUAUACAUGUUCAUAUACAGAGUGGGUGUUUCUGAUCAGCAAUUGUGCAAAGAGAAAGUCCUGUUUUUAUGAUGCAGAUCCACGGCUGAAAAUCCUUCAAGUGUGAUUAGAAGGGAACCUUAGGUCCAUUCUAAUGUCCCAUCCUUGGGCACCUUCUGACCCCCUGGCUGUAGCAGCUGUAGUGUAGCCACCCUCCUCUCGGCACUCCUUCACUAGUCGGGUGAGAUUCCUCCUCCUCUUUUUACACCUCCUUCUGCCCACCCUCAACCUGUACUUGCCUUCUGCGUGGUCUUAAAGCCUUCCUCUGCUGACUUAUUUAUUUCAUUUCUUUCUUUGUGUCCUGACUGACACCUGUUUAAGGUGCAUGCUGCUAGCUUUGUGUAUUUUCUUCUUCCUAUUUCAUUUGUUCUCCUUAAAGUCCCCCCCCCCACAAUUGUCUUUGUACUGGCCCUUUUGGCUUCACUAAAAUGAAAAGCUCUUAUAGAAGAAAUUCCAAGGGGUUGAAAGUGUUGAGACAAACUUGCGUAAAAAUGUUUAUUUUCAAAAUUGUAGCCAAGCGGGAGGAUGCGUUACACAGCUAAACAUCUGGCCUGAGUGGCACCAUAUGGCUAAUUGGGCAAGCACUUACAUGACUCAAAAGAUCUAACUUAAUCAAAUCCUAAAUAUGAGUGGCAUAGAUUGUAAACUGCAGAAUGUAAAUAUCUCUUUUCAAAACCCGAAGCUGCAAUUAGCUGAGGAGCAAUACUGACAAUAGAGAGGCCUUCACAGUAUAUUUUUUUCUCCAUUUUACCCACCAAUUCAAUCACAGGCUCAAUAAAGUCUUAAAAUAGACGACCAAAAUGGGACAGAAAUAUGUGAAUCCGUGGAGAACAUAUUGUUUGUGUAUUUUAAACGAUUGUCUUUUUAUUCUUAUUUUUGACUGGGGGGAUGAAUCUGAUGUUUUAGAAAGUGCUUUUAGUCAUAGACAAUCUGUUUCUGUUCAUAAUCUUUUUUUAAAGCAAUAUUUUAAAUUAAAGAUGUUUUUAAAUUUGCAAUUCAGCUGUAUAAAUAAUCCUUUAUGUUCAGGUUAGCGCUCAAGACAAUAAUUUAAUUCCCAAUGGAAGAGUGUGGAUUUUGAAAAAGAAAGUUCUUCCAUCUAAUUUCGUUGUAUACGUCCUAAUAUUAACAGGACCCCUCCUAGGUCUGUUUGGCAUCUGUGCUUUACUACUGUACGAUUGAAUGCAGGAGUCUUGAUGGGAAAACAUAUUAUUCAUCACUGCCCGCAUGGAAAAUGGCCAUUUUGUAUCUGAAAAAAAAAAAGAAACACUCGAUCGGGGUUGACACUGCUGGUCUUGCAGUGUUUUUUUUUUUUUUGCGCUUCUCUAAUGGUGCAACACCACCACCACCACCACCACAAGGACAUCACAGGAACAGAGAGACACUGAAGGAGUGCUUUGUCUGGCCUUACCUACCCCUUAUUUCAGGUCUAACAGGUGUUUGUGUGUGUGUGUGUGCCUGCUUGCGUGUGUGUGUGCGCGUGCGUGCGUGCGUUUGUGCGUGUGCCACACAUGCAUGACAUGACACCAACAGGACGGUGCGUGCAGCCUCGUAGCCAUAGAGCUGAGGCUGAUGUUUUGGUGCGUCUCCACUUUACUGUCGGUGCUCUCUCUUCUUGACAUGUUCUUUUGUUUCAUGUCCUCCGCUUGACCUCUUGCUUUAGUCCCUGAGACGAGUGCUCGCCAGCUAGUUGGAGAGGAAGGGAGGGGGUGUAAUUGGGAGUCGGAGUGUAUGUGUAAAUGAAUCGAUGAAUGUGUGUGUGUGUGUGUGUGUGUGUUUGUGUCUCUAAAUGUGUGUGUGCGUGUUUGUGUACAUAUGUUUUUCAGAUAUUUUAUUUUUGGAAAGGACUGCUGUUUUUAAAAAAAAAAAUGCUUUGUGACAGUGGGAACUGGAUUGUGGUGGAAGGCCUGACUGGUAUGGGUGAUAACCCAAAGAGGCCCGAGGCCUCUCAGUCCAGAGAUGUAGUGUAAAGACCUUUUAACACCAGGUGACUUGCACGUCUAAAGCCAACCCCAGGGGGGUAUACUAAGAGCAUGGUUAAGUGAUAAGCCAGGCUUGGUUAAGCUAUUGGAAAUGGUAUAUCUGUUAAUGGAUGUACCUGCAGGCAUCAUUACAUUAACAAAACGAGGACUCCAGGCUUUUCUGUUUGAUGAUUUACCUCUACCACAAGGUUAACUACUUAACCAGCUUAUUAGUAUAACCCCGUGGUGACUUGCACUUCUAAAGCCUGCACACUUUAAACUUGUCAGGCUAAUGAACAAGAGCAAUCUAGUUGGGUGCAGGGGGUGAGAAAAAAAAUCCUGAAAUCUAUUUAAAAGGGCAUUGGCAAUAAGCUAUGAGUUGCAGCUAUAUGUAAAUAAACGUUUUGUUUUUUGUUUUUAUAUUUCCAAACAUGUACACAUGUACAGCCUUGGGAUGGCUGACUUGACUGUAACAGAAAAAAAGGAUUUAUCAUGAGGUUUUUUCCCCCUUCUCUCUGUCUCUUCUGAUCUGAAAAGUAAAUAUACUGUAAAUAUAGUUGUAUAUAUGGUGCUCUGUAUUUAGAAUCAGAAGUCUUUGCCAUUUUGGUUUGUAGCUGUAAAAGAAUACCCUUAUUAGUUGAGUGUCUGAAACGGAGGUGAGAAAAAUACAGAAGAAAAAAAGAGGAGAUUCCUCAUUGCUGUAUCCCCAUAUGUCAGUCGCUGCCCCUGUCCUGGCCUGAUUAUAUACAGGUGGAUGACGUGCAUGUGUUUGUUAGUUUAAUAUUAUUGAUCCACAUACAGACAGGAAGGUUUUCUUUUUUUAUGAAAAGAAGAGAAAAAACACCACUAAAAAUGUUACUGGACCAAAACAUGUACUAGCAUAAAUGGAUACAAACUGAAAAAGCAAAAAUAAUUUCAAUGUUCAAAAUGUUGUCCUCAGAGGUAACAUAUAGUUAUGGUAAUGUCGGAAAAAAUAAAUGUUGUGGAAGAUGUCA